UAUGUUGUAUUUAUUGUGGAGGGAACAGGUCUUCUCUUCAUGCUUAUUUUUCACAUUGGACUUAAAGAACCCCCAAGAAGUUGUACAUUCAGUGGACAAGUAGCAGUUAAAGGCAGUAAAAGAAGGGCAGACAAUUGGAUCCACUGGUUUAAAGAAAUACAGUUUUAUCAGGUUUGUAAAAAAACCAGCCUACAUAAAGAAUUAAUGCUGCAAGAAAAAAGGCUGUUUAAACAAGACUGUUUUUGGCAUGGUAACAUAAGAAGUUAUAAUUUUUUUGGCAUCGUAACAUUAUUUAGAUUAAGGUUGCUAGCAAUAAUGAGUGAAGUAUGGAUCAGAGAAGAAAGAAAGAAAGGGAUUCUAAACCCUUUACGUCUCUGGUAACCUCAUAAUUACAAACAUUUCCAUAUGGGGCUUCUUUGGAAAGAUGUGUGCAAGAUAUAUUACAUGUACUGUACUUCUUUUUAAAGCAAUUUGAAAAAGAUGGGACUUCUUAAAUCAAAUUUUCAGUUACAAUCGGCGACAAAAUUAGUUAGAGACACUUUUUACCCUUUUAGAAACGGCUUCUCUAACGUUUUGCAAACUUCAAAAAGAGAAAAUACCGAAAAUGACCUAAUAAAUGCCCACUUCCAAAUAAACGCCUCCUAUCUGUUAAACACCACCUCUAUGCUGUUAAAAUCGUAUUAGACGCCCCCCUGAAUUUGAAUUACUCCAAAAUACUAAGAAUUACCAGAGAGGAGUGAACUCAUUUGAUUCAUUCAGUUUCCUGCUUGAUUAUUAACGAGGCUUUGUAUAUUUCAUCUUGUUCCAUGUCAUGUUCAAAGUAAGGAUAGACUAAUGAUAGCAACACAAUAUCCCUGAGUGAAGAUUCUGACAUUGAUGUCAGGAUUUGACUGGACUGGUGUAUUAAUUGAUGGAGUGCAUUAUAUAUAUUCCGCUAUUUUUAAACUCUCUUGAUAUUUUCACCGAAAGCAUAUUAGAUUUGUUGAGCUUGUUACAGUUAUGAGAAUAAACGCCUCUCUCUAAACACCCCUGCUUGGACCCCUAGAAUUAAAUAGAUGCCCUGGACAUUUAUUAGGUCAGUUACAGUAAAGCGUCCCUCCUCCAACCCCGCCCUCCAUGCAUUUUUGUGCCACUGUUUGAGCUAGCUGUGGCUUAACUUUGAAUGAAGAGGAGAGGGCAGUGCUUGACACUAACGCUAGUCCACUAUCCCAGGACUAGUGAAAAUUCAUGCUGGGCUAGUAAAAGUGUCCUCGUACUAGCCCUUAGACCAGUAGCUUACUGCAGUUUUUUUUCCGAAAACACUUUAUCGGUAAUUAAUUUUUUAGCUUGAGUAUCAAAUGUAAACCAAAGGACUCACUGUUCUAUAGCGGAGGUAUUGUAGCUUAAUAUUGACACCAUGUUCGUCAUUUUAAUCCUUCUAUUUUUUUUUUCUUGGCAGGUGGCAGCUUUGUACAUGUGUACUCGUCUCAUUGUCAACAUUACACAAGUUUACAUUCCUAUGUAUACUUUGGAAACAUUGUCUCUAAACAAGGUAUAAUUAAUUUUUAUCAGGGCUGCAAGCAUGAGAUUUCAAGUCCCUAUGUAAAUGCAAUAAGUAGGCAGGGAAUUAAACAGCUAGGAAAUUCUUCUGGUUCUGUUUGUUAGGGUCAUAUAUAUGGUUGUAUUCAUAGCUGCUUGGGCAGGAAAAAUCCCAGCCCUGGCCCUUAUUGACAACCCUGUUAUUAGUAUUAACUAGUAAUAAUUGCAGAUAAGGGAAGUGUGUUCGAUUGGGGGAAGGAGGGGGGAUGAGUGGUAGUCGUAAGGGGUGCAAAACGUGAUGAGCUUGUAAGAUAGAGAAAUCAAAAUCAAACACUUUAUUAAUACGAAUAUCAGCAGCUGUCCUCAUCAGUGUUAUUGUUUAUCCUCCCACUUGACAACUCAUAACUAUUUCAUUUUUCUAACAACCAGUUGUUUUAGGGAAGCCAAGAAGCGUCCUUAAUUUUACACUUUUUCCCUGGUCUACAUCUCCAACACUUUACUAAGGAUCCUUGCUGACCCCAAAAAUCAGUCAUGGUCCUCAGAUUUUCUUUUCACCUCAGUGGUAUUGUCCCCAAUGCCCCCACCACUAUGGGAAUCACCUUUUUGUCCUUACACCCCACAUCUUUCAGAUUUCUCUAGCGAGAUCUUGAUAUUUUUCUACUUUCUCAUCCUCUUUUGCUCUCAUCAUCAUUAUAUUAUUAUUAUUAUUAUUAUUAUUAUUAAUGCAGUGCGUAAGAAAGAAAAAUAUCUGAACUUGAUCAACAAAAUGAGUAGAAAUUACAGAUGUGUGAGAUUUGUAAAUCUCUUCAUGAGUUCCCUUGGCGUUUUCUCCGUUGAAUGCUUCUCAUUCUUCGACAUGAUGAAUGACAUUGGCAUUGACAAAAAGCAGCAGCGUUAAUAGUCAAGAAAAUGAUAAAUAUAGCCAUUAGAGCAACAUAUUACAUCUUCUGUUGUAGAAAUAGGAACUGGGAUAACCCAGACUUAAUGCAAUUUUGAUAUAUUUUGUUUUGGCUUUUGUUUUGCUUUGUUUUUUUUUCUUUUUAAUAAUCCAAUCAAAUGUAAAUUGCCUAUACGUAGCGAGAUUUACAAUUGCACAUUCAAAAAAACAAAUCAAGUUUCCAUUAUAAAUCCAUUGAAAAAUUCAGAUAUUGUUUUUGUUAUGUUUUAGUCCGAUGCCAAUUUAUUGCGGUUUUCCCAAAACCUUCCAUGUGUGUUUUGUUGUUGGUUCUAGGACACCAUUGCCAAAAUUCCCUUGGUUGUCUAUGUUAGUGGUUUCCUUUCAACAUUCCUAACCAAGCCACUAAACAAGUGCUAUGGGAGAAAGGUAAAUGCAUACAAUAUGACUUGAAAUACUUUUAAUAAUUUAAACUCUUGUACAAAAAUAAUGCUCAUGAGCGGAGGUGAUUGAGAAGCUGGUGGAGCUGAGAACUGCAGCCGAGUGCAAUUCGUAACCAUGACAACUCUGUGAAUGGCAUCCACCGAGGCACCAUCACACUACUAAUCAGUGGAAACUAAUUAACAUACUUAUUUUAUACUUACCAAGGAGAGAGCAGGGUGGCAAGCGAAAAUACUAGAACCACAUGCUGUGAGCAGCAACUUGAACAUAACUGCCUGACUUCAACAUAGAAACUGUAAAAUCUCAUCAGGCCCAGCUGUACAUGUAGCCAUUAGAGUGCCCCUGAUAAUCUCGUAUGAGAGACUGCUGGCCAUCUUUGUCUCCAGUUUAUAAGCUAGCCUAAAUUUGAUCUGGCAACAUUAUACUAAUUUCACGUGAAUGAAAAGUCAUUGUCCUGAAAUGUAAGUUCAUGAACCUUUAAGGAAUGACUGUUUUUGGCCACAGAAAAGGUACGCCCCAACAGAAGGCACAAAUUGUUAGGAAAGUCUUUCCUAACAAUAAAAUGUAAAACAGAUAAGUUAUUAAGACCGACUUGUUUUACAGUUUUGUAUAGUCUAUUUUAAUAGUUAAACUAACAGUACACUUGAUUUCAAUCACUUUUGAGUGGUUGAAAUCACUGGUAAAAACGUCCAUAAACUAAAUUGGAAUCUUAGAAAGACUUAAAAGUAUAUGUUUCAACCUCAGUUAAGAAAUAUUAUUUUUGUAUCUUCUUUCAGGGAACAUUUUUUCUAGGUCUUCUCUUAAUUGCAGGGACAAGGUAUGUCCGUCUUUUAUCAUUAUAGAAAGUAGCCUUGACUGUGAUCUGUUCUGUUGUAAAUUAUACAGGAAGAGUUCCUGUGAAGUGUCUGGGUAAACUCGUGCCCGCGUCAUGCGUCUUUGAAUCUCAACUUCGAUGUCAAAAUCCUUACUAUGAACUUGACAUAACUGAACAAGAUGCAAUGUGGACAAUAUUGUUAAUCGAGCUAGAGACAGAAUAACUUGAAUUGAUUUUUCUUUACCUCGCUUUUUCCUAGUAGCUUGUUUAGAGCAUGCGGGACGGGGCGUGCCCGCGUCAUGCAUCACGCGGGGCGUCUUUUGGACAGGGUGGCCGGGGGGGGGGGCAUUUAUUAGAGAGGGGGGUGUAGUAGAAACUUAAAAGCGUGGGGUGGCGUGUUUAUUAGACAAGACCCGUUGAUUUUGAUUCAAGAGAGCGCAUCUAUUUGAUCAUUGUCGGUUUAUAUGGCUUCCUGUGGUAUCACACUGAUCUUUUUGCUAUAUUUUCUUGUUUAUCCACAGUUUAUGGAUGUGGUUUAUUCCAAAGGGCUACCUCUUACAAACAUAUGGAGUAUCAGUGCUGUUAGGUGUUGGUGGAUCCACGCUUCUAGUUACUGCCCUGACAAUGUUAGCAGAUCUUAUUGGGGAGAAUGUGGUACGUGUGUUUGCCCGUUGAAGGCGUUGUGAUAGGACGAGUAAUAGGGAACUUAGAUGAGUUACAGUUAAAACCCGCGAUUAAGAACCUCGUUUUUUAGAACCUGUUAUGCUAAGAUUUGCCAGUUAGGCCCCCUCUAUACAAGAACCUGUUAACCCUAAAAUUUGAAACAGUUUCUUGUUUUCUAAAAUCUAUAUUAAAAUAUUCUGUACACUUGGGCAAAGAAGAUAAGUCAACAUUCAGUAUCCUCUUUGGAGAGGUGAGGGUCCUUAUUACUCCAACUGCAAUGUACAUUGUAAUGCACCGUCUGCAGGUUUACGUAAGGAAUGAGCUGAUUACCACUAAAUACUCUUAGCUACAAUGUAUUCAAUUCUUCAGGAAAUAAGAACCUAUUUAAGACCCUAAAUAGCCUAAAUUUGUGCUACUUACCAUUUAUGUAAGAAUCUGUUUAGGCUAACUUGGGAAAAUGCCAGGCUUCUAAUCAUAGUUUGUUUUCUCUCUCGUGUUGUUCAUAUCCUUAGCACUAUCUAACUUUGUAGACUAUCUCAUGAAUUUAUGGGUAACGACCGAAUCAAAGUGUUUUGAAUUCAGCAUGUUGCACAUAAAAUGUUCUAAUAUUGUUAUUUCGGAUUUGACAGGAAACAGGUGCCUUUGUGUAUGGAGCCAUGAGUUUUACCGAUAAAUUAUCCAAUGGAAUCGCAGUUCAGCUGAUCCAGAUAUUUCAUCCUUGCAAUUCUUUGGGAGAGUAAGUAUAUUUUUUUUGACAACUUGCCGUUGUUAGUGAAAGCGGGUGUAUACUCAUGUGACAAUAUAACUGUAUAAUAGUUUAGAGGACAAAUCGUAAAUUGUAGUCAGUUAGACAGUCCAUUUACUUAGAAGACUUAGGCAGAGGAAGCUAUGGUACAUGAGACAACGUUGUACCCUUUUUUUGUGCAACAGAGUGAAAAGCAGUUUGUCGAAUACUGUUUCCAACAUUGUUCACAACACUUUUGCGAUUUUUUUUUAACAUUGUGUGCACGUUGAGCGCAGCAUUGUCAACAACAGUUUGUACGUGUAAUACUUUGCAGAACACUGCACAUUUUUGAAUUUUGCUCACAUUUUGCGCAAUACUGUAAACCACGGGUUGCAGACUAUUAUAUACAAUAUAGUGCACAACAUUUUUGCAUAACUAUGAUUUGAUUUGUGCGACACUGGAUAACAAUGCGUGCAAGGUUGAGCGUAUCAUUGUCAACAUUGGCUUGCACAACAUUGUGUUUAACGUUUUGCAAACGCUGCACAACAUUGUGAUAAACAGUUUGUAUAACGUUGCGUGCAAUGUAACGCAUUGUGAAUUCUGCUCACAUUUUGCGCAACAUUGUAAACCACAGGUUGCACAUUACUAUGUACAAUAUAGUAUACAACAUUUGUGCGACACUAAAUAACCCUGUGUGCAAGGUUGAGCGUAACAUUGUCGACAAUGGCCUGUACAACGUUGUGUUUAACGUUUUGCAAACACUGCACAACAUUGUGAUAAACAGUUUGUAUAACGCUGCGUGCAAUGUAACGCAUUGUGAAUUCUGCUCACAUUUUGCGCAACAUUGUAAACCACAGGUUGCACAUUACUAUGUACAAUAUAGUAUACAACAUUUGUGCGACCCUAAAUAACCCUGUGUGCAAGGUUGAGCGUAACAUUGUCGACAAUGGCCUGUACAACGUUGUGUUUAACGUUUUGCAAACACUGCACAACAUUGUGAUAAACAGUUUGUAUAACGUCAAGUGCAACGUAAUGCAUUGUGAAUUUUCCACAAUAUUUUGUGCAACAUUAUGAAAAACAGUUUGUUGCACAAAUAUGUGAGGUGCAGUGCCUUACGUUUGUGCAAAAUUUUACAUGUAUAGCAUUGGGAGAAACGUUGAGCUCAAUAUUGUCAAACGAGUGAACAAUAUAGUGCCAAUAAUUGUGCAACAUUGUAUAACGUUGGGCGUAACUUACUUUGUGCGCAACGCUGUCGCAAAUCUGGUGUGCAAAGUUUGCACAAAAGACCGGCUACAUACUUAACACUGCUUGAACGCAGCGCUGUAAGCAACGAAAUCAAUGUACAAAAAUGCGCGAAAGACUCGUGUGCGUAGCAUUUUGCACAUCAUUUGCAUCAUCAUAUGAAAAAGGGCAUUAAAUUUCGCGAUUUAAGCGUUCUGCAUUUCAUUUAUUUUUAUAAAAAGUCUGGCCCUUUAAAAAUUUCUUGAUAAACUGGAACAAGCAAUGUAUGCAAUCUUUGCAAACCAAAGCUAUUUCAUAACUGAAGAUACAAAAUGGAGCUUACCAGUAAAACCAGUUAGCAAUUUGCUUAUUUGUCAAUACAUAUCCUGUAUAUGCUGUGCUAUUACAAGUCAAUUUUGAUUUGAAUUUCCUAUUCAGGUAUUAAAUUUCGCGAGGAAUUAUUUUCGCGGGUCUUUGAUUUCGCGAUUUUUUUUACAAUUACGAACAACGCGAAAAUAUAAAGGGUUUAGUUUUAUCGUUUGUCUCACGAUUAUCACUUUGAUAUUGUUUCGACCGCACACUGCAGGUCUUUAUCAGGCGAUAGUGUCGAUUUACUGAGUCGAACUAUUUGUACCACCGUGGUUCUUAGUGAUUGGUGUAUCACAAACCUCGCUCAUGGUUUGUGGGUUUCGAUCCAAAGCGUUGUUGGCACUGUGAGAGGAAGAAACCGAUCCUUCAGCGAUCGGCUGUGGUAGAGAUCGGUUGCCAUGUUGUCUUAUUGUAGGCAUCCACGCGUAAGGAAUUUCAAUUCCACUGUCCCUGAUGAUGUCUUACGACAACGCGAAAAUGGUACUAAUAAGGUACAUGCGGUCAACAUGAAGCAACAAAAAUGACUUCUUGGACCCGUUGGUGAGUGUCCGUCUUCGAGAGGUUUUCGUCUUAUAGAGUCAAAGACCCUAAAAAGGCAGGGACCAUUAUUCAGUUGAAUGAAAUUGCUAGAACUGUAUCUACGUGGGCUGACAAUAAUCGAAUGUCACUUAACACAACCAAAACUAAAUCUUUACUUAUUACGACCCUGCAGAAACGCCGUACUUUAUCCAGCUCGGCACUCAAUGUCCAAAUCGAUGGUAGAUCUAUUGAGCAAGUGGACUAUGCCAAGAUGCUGGGCGUUAUGAUAGACAGUGACAUGUCUUGGGAGCAUCAUAUCGAUACAAUCUGCUGCAUCAUUAGCAGUAGGCUUUCUCUUCUCCGUCGCAUCAAACCUUAUCUUAACUUUGAUUCUGCUUUAAGAUUCUAUAAUUCUUGUGUUAACAACUACUUAAUUUAUUGUUCCGCUGCUUGGGGUAACUGUUCCCACCAUCUCCUCUUACGACUGCUUCGUCUUCAGAAGCGUGCUGGGCGUAUACUCCUUGAUGCCGACCUCUCUCAGGCUUCUAUUUCUUUAUUUUUAAAACUUAACUGGAUUCCCGUUUUUGAUCUUAUUAAAUACAGGAAACUUUUUCUUCUUUUCAUCGUACUCCUUAAUCUGAAUGCUCCUAAAUGUCUCAGGAACAGAUUUCAAUUUCUUUGUGAUUCGCGUGGACCUCUGGGCCGUUUUACAAGAGCCUCUCUCUACGAGUUAAAGGUGCCAUGCCCACAUAGCAACUCUGGGAAACGCACCUUGGCCUAUACUGCUACUAAGCUUUUUAAUGACCUCAGUUCCGACUUAAAAGAGUUUUCUAUUUCUUCUUCUCCACUGAUAUUUAAAUUUCUUCCCUCUUCUCUUAAGUCUAAAUUACGAAGUCUGUUUUUCUCACGCCUAUCAUCGGCCGAGCACUUGGAGGAUCUACUGUGCUCGACUUGCCGCUAUUCUUUUCAUUGUCACUGUUUUUCAUUGUCCUACUACAACCACUAUUAUGUCUUUUUAUUUAUAUUUAUGUAUAUAUGUAUACAUGUUCAUUUAUAGUACAUAUUUUGCCCCCCCUUCGUCGAUUUAUAUAUUAUUCAUUACGUGUUUAUAGCCUAUUCUACUUUAAAUAUUGUCUCUUUUGUGUAUAUAUAUAUUUAUAAAUAAUUUUAUUUGUUUUUAGUCUUCUAAAUUUAUUUAUCUAUUUAUCUAUUUUUUUGAGGGCCGUAGGUUAGAAAACUGUAAAAGGUUAUUGCGCGUCCCUCUUUAAAUAAAGUUAUUGUAUUGUAUGGCAUUUUACUGUCGGGGUCCAUGCAUGAGACUUUUUUACUAUACUUAUUUAGCUGGAUCUCAUAGGAAAUCAACGAGUAAUGGCAGUAUGCAAUGCUGUAUACAGAACUGAUGUGGCUCCAGCUAAACGAAUGGUGCUUUUAAUGUUACUUGAUCUUUCUUGCUUUUUCGUUUUCAUCCCCGUAAAAGCAAAGUUAAUGCCAUGGGAUGGAGAUUAAGGAGCUCCUCGAUCAUGGCGUGAAACUCGUCUCUUGUCGCCACCUAAAUUCUUUCCUUGAUGAAAGGUUUCACCACAAAAGGAUGAAAAACCAUGCCCAACUCACACGUUCAGUUAAGGUUGAUGCUGAUAAAAACAACUGUCCGAUGUGAAUGUGUUGGCUUCGAAUCUGAAAGUAUUUAGUGUGCCACGCCUUGACCACGCAUCGCUUGGUUUCCUUGGACAAGGAAACGUGACAUUACACGUUGUUGUUGUUUCUACAGUGGCCAUAAUGGCACCUCGUCUCCGUGAAGUUAUGACCCUGAGAUUUUCCACCAUUGAACUUUCCUAACAUGGCGUUUUCUUGUAAUGUCACGCAGUUUCGACACAAACGGAAUCGAUGAUUGCUAAAUGCCGUUGAAGAUUCAUACUGUCCGCUAUGAAUUAACGUCAACUUCAACUCUUGUAAUGUCUUAGACUUUCGAUUUCAUCUAUUCUUUCUUUCACAUCAUAGACAGCUCAGGUCAGGCCUCAGAGCUUAAAGGCUCUUGAACUAGGCAGGACAGGAUAAUAAGGAUUAUUGUUAUUUUAUUUAGUAAUUAUUUUUUUGUAAUCUUGAUGCUAUUGAUUCUGCUUGGCUGCACUUUGCUUGUAACCGCAAAACAUACCUCACAGCUUCACAAUAUGCCUUCCUUUGCUAUUUACUGAUCGUUGCUGCUUUAACCGGCGCGUUUUUUGACUUCAAUACAUGUUGUAUGUUGCUAUUCUCAUCCACUGAUGUGGUUUCAGCCAUGGAGGUAUGCACAGUCCAGGGAGUGGAAACACCACAGCUUUGCCGACUGGAGUCGGUCAUCAUCAUCAUCCACACAUGUACGAGUGUGAAAUCAAAGCUCAUUUUUACUUAAUACUAGUUAUUUUAAUUUUUCCUCCGAACUUCCAGACCAGAAUGAUUUAGAACUGUAGUGUUGAAGGAAUAGAUCUAUGAAAUUGUUUCAAAACAUUUUCAGGGGCGUAGCUAUUUGUCCAAAAAUAACCCUACGUACUAUAAAAACAAAACGAAAAUAGAGGAACAUUGCAAAGAAAAAAAAGCGAGGUGAAUUAAGCGGUUGCUGAAGAAAAUGCGAAGGCUCUAACUGUGGCCUGCAAAACACGGUCCUACGUUAAAUUUUGCGUUAUGAAUCCCAUACUGAUUCAUAACGCAAAGAAAAUCGAGUUACCCGCGUGAACACGAUUUGGGAAACGUAGUUGGGGAAAAUUUGGAACGAUGUGCGUAUUGCUAGAAAGUUUCCCGCUACACCCCUGAAAACUCGCAGUUGUCUUUUUUUAGGGACCGUUCAUUUUUUUUAUUAGGUAGCGGUUGGGUGGAAUUUGAGGGGGGGGAGGGACAUGAAAGAAAUGUGCCUGACCAGGAGCAUUAAAUAAGCCACCCGUCUCUAUUGAGCCCCCUCCCCCCCAUCAAAAGUGCUUGGAAAAAAUAAGCCCCCCGGAGGGCUUAAUAGAGGAUUUACGAUUAAUAGAGUUUUAAAUAACAAAACUGGACCAUUGUUUGAGAAUUUAAUUUAUGAGAAGACGCGUUUAAACUUUUUAUUAAGUAGCAAAUAGCGUGACAAUAAUCCCUUUAAUUAUUCAAGGUCGAUUUAAUUAAUUAGCUCGAUGGUUCUUUUCAGAGCAUGUUGCCCUAAAUGUGAUCUGUACUACAGAGAAGUUAUGGUAUUUGUUACCGGUGGAGCCACUAUUAUUUCUCUGCUGGUUCUUUUAACGAUGCUUAAGACAAAGAUUGGUGAAUUUAAAGGUGAGUUUAAAGGUUAGUGAAUUUUUCACCAUUCACUGUAACUGAAUUCAUGCCAGUCCUUGGUGCAAACUUAAGAGUAGGCGAAGCAUCGUGUGAAACUGAAAAGCAGUAAUAACUCGUAACACUAUUUUGUGGAAAGCGGUCAAUAUAACUUCAAGAAUAUAACGUAAACCUUUCAACCUUUUGCCGUGAUUUCUAAGCUGCAGAUGUCACUUUUGGAACGAGGAAACUGGGGCGAGUUAUUUAUCGCAAAGACUUCUGGGACUGUCACUAGGGACAGGGGAAAAAAUUGACCAAUCGCUGACCGAUUCUAACGAUCCCAGAACCAAUAGUGGGACUCGUUUCGGUUCCAGUCCCAUUCUCGUUUAUAAAGUGGUGAAUCGCUUUUAGACAAGUUUCCAGUGAAAUUCAAGUGCUAUUCGUUUGCAUUCUCUGUUGAAAGGUUUUAUCUGUGACAGUAGAAUCAAACACAAGAGUGUAUCUUUAAUUUUAACUGCUAGAAUAUUCAUCUGCCUUUCUAACCACGAAGGGUCCGCUGGUACUACCCGGCCAUUUUAAAAUCACCCGUAACUGAUGGCGGUAAUAUUUCCUUCCUUGACUCUGAAAUUGAAAAGGAGUUCACCUGUCGCCGUUCCUCGGCCGUUGAUUGAUUCUCAACAGUAGUAAGAGGCCAGUUAAGCGCCUUUUGCUUGUGAGGGUAUUCUUCAUCUAAGGCUCAACUUGUGAAACACGUUUAACGAAAAGCAAUGUUUACUGUUUCCUCUGGCCUUUCUUUUUGUUAUCAUCCUGUGAUUUUUCUGUACACUGGCUUUAGGGGAUAAGAAAUGUGCGUUUAGCCAUCCCUCCCCUUCCUCUUCCCUCUCUUUACGUUUUUAACCGUUGCAGAAUGACAGGUUAUGAAAUGGAUGUUUAGAAAAAUGCAUGCUGAGGACCGCUUGCUCGAUAUUCUUACCUGUUUCCUAACUAUUGCAAUUUUUUAUUGCAAGAUGGCGCUGUGGUAGACGUGACCGUUCAAGAUGCGCUCCUCAGUAAGACUGCCUCAGUUAGCACAAGCUACUCGAAGACAACUGGAUCAUCCAAAAGCCCGUGUCUAAUGUAUGAGCCCACGACCCCUCCCAAAUACGGGUCAUUGAAUGGCACGUGUCAGAAUAUACCAUGCUCAAUACAAGAGGAUUAUUCUAGCUACGAUGAGACCACGCCGUCGCCAAAAACGUCCCGGUGACGUUGUGAAGAAGCUGAUAACCCUGGUUCUGUGCUGAAUAUGAUGGGCAGUCAGGUAUUUUCUCAGUUAACGAUCCCCUGAUAUAGAAGCAGAAACUCAGUUUGCCCACCUAUGAAAGGCGAUUGUGGUUGAGCGAGGUGAACUAAAGACUGGAUCUGUUCCAUUGUCCACUCCUGCUGUAAUGAAAGGAUUUCUUGACUAUACAAGCUCAGCUUGUCAGUCCGCUUUAAGAAAGGCGACUGUGUUUGAGCGAGAUGAACCGAAGAACUGAUCCACCGCCCUUUGAUCCCGGAGGCCUUUUUCAACGAAAUGCCAAUAGCUGUUAAAACUGAGCGCUGGAAACGAUCCCCUGAUUGCAGAACUCACUUUGUCCGCCUUAGUAUAAAGGCAACCACGUAGAUUUUCCUAGUUGUUAGAACGCCGUUC